AAUGCUCUAAUAAUCUUAAGAAGCUUCAAAAUUAUGUGAUUCAGCAAUUAAGUAAAAAACUAGAGGAUUGUAAUUACUUAUGUAUAAUCAAAAAUUCAUUAUAAUUUAGAGGCUAGGAAAUUUGAGAACUACCAUGAAUAAAUUUUAGCCAAAAUGAACAUGUUUAUAAACGCUGUUAAAUAAGAUUAUUCAGCAUUAAUUCUAAUUUAGAUGAAAUUUUAGAAUAUAAAUAAUUAAAAAAUGAUUUUAGGAAAUUUUAAAUAAAAUGAAUAGAUUUGAG